CAGGAAAAGAUGACCUCACUGUGGGUGCAACUACAAGUGGAGGAGUGAAUUUUUACCCCUGGACAAUAGACAAUAAAUAUUAUUCUGCAGAUAUUCACCUUUGUGUGGUACCAAACACAUUUCUUGUUACUGGAGAUAUUGCUGAAUCUGUGCAAGCCUUUGUUGUGUACUUCGACAGCACGAUAAAAUCUGGACUUGAUAGUGUCUCUGAAUGGCUUCCCCUGACAGAAGAGUGGUUACCAGAAGUCAUGAUCCUGGUUUGUAACAGAGUAUCUGAAAAUGGUGUUAACAGACAGAAAGCUCAAGAAUGGUGCAUCAAGCAUGGCUUUGAACUGGUAGAACUUAACCCUGAGGAGCUGCCUGAUGAAGAUGAUGACUUUCCGGAGUCCACCGGAGUGAAACGAAUUGUACAAGCUUUGAAUGCCAACGUGUGGUCCAACGUAGUCAUGAAGAGUGACAGGACCCAGGGCUUCGGUCUUCUCAGUACGUUAGCAGGUGCCAACUGUAGCAUGGGGUCAGAAGAGAACCAAGAUACAGAAUCCAAUCCAUCAUCAGCAGACAGAGAAGAAUCCCAUUUAGACAACAGAGAAGAUGCAGCUAGCACAGACAACCUGCAGACUGACAACAUCGUUGAUCCCAUGUUAGAUACGGACAUUCAAGAGUUAGCCAGCCUCACCACGAGAGACAGUGACCUGGAGAACUUUGAGAGGCUGUUUUCAAAGCUGAAAGAAAUGAAAGAUAAAGCUGCAACGUUGCCUCAUGAACAAAGAAAACUCCACGCCGAAAAGGUGGCCAAAGCGUUCUGGAUGGCAAUUGGAGGAGACAGAGAUGAAAUUGAAGGUCUCUCCUCGGAUGAAGAGAACUGAGUUCUUCAGAGCAAUCCUAGGAGAGUGAUCUUUUCCUGCAGCGAGUGUUUAUUGUGAAAAGACCCAUUUAGCUUGAGUUGCUUUCCUUAGUUACAGGAUUCUCCCUACAACUGUAGUAAGUAACACAUUCCACAACACCUCAUGGUUCAACUGGAUUUAUCUGACUGUUCCUUUAUUGUCUCUCAGAGGAUUCUGGAAGGCGAUAGAUGCCAUUAGAGGAAAUAAUAAUUAGUUUACAUUUUUCAAAUUAACAUUUUUAUUGUUUCCUCUUUUUUGAGUUUAAAUAAACAAAUUUACUACCAGUUAUCUUUCUACGUAUGGCCUGUGGUUGUGAAGUGACUACUUAAUUCUAAACUCCACAUUUUAGAUGUAGGCUUGUUUGAUGUUUUUAUGUCUCUUUAUAGCCGACUUCCCAGUUAAAACAAACCAGAUUUAUAUGAGCCAUGAAGAG